AUGGCAUAUGCUACAACUCCUACACCUCCGGCCCUGGAUGCCGACUCCCAACCAAGCUUAAAACUUGCAACAUCUCUCCCUCAGCCGACAUCCUUACAACAUGUUGCCUCCUCUUUACCUGGUCCAAGCUUCACCACCGCUUACUCUUUCACCUCAUCUCCAAUCUCUACUCCGACCUCCGCUUUCCCUGCUCCCGACACUCCGAAUGCUUUCACCCCUGCUAGUACUCCCUUACAGCCAGCUAGCGAAUGCUUACGUGGUCGAGUGAAUGGUCUAUCACUACCUACGCCAGGACCUCUUGAACUUGGUGAAUCUAUGAUGGCCGUUCCCGCCGGCAACCCGUCCAGCUUCAAUGACCCAUCUACUACUUCCAAGGCUCCGGGUCUUAUGCGACGAAUCUCCCGAGGCGCCACCAACAAGCUGACCCGUAGAAGACAGUCUGCAGCUCAGAAUGAGAAACGGGACCGAAGCUCUGGUCCUGUUAUCAUGCGCCGACGCAGCGACAGCAAGACCGGUCCCCAACCUGUCCGAGACAGCGCCCUUGACUCAAGCAAUGAAGAUGAGAGCGAGGCGUUGGACAAUCUUGGCGCAUGGGGCGGCUCUGAAGCAUCCAGCCUUCGUAGCGAGAGCCGCAUGAGUAUGGCUCGUGAGGUUGGGCCCGCUGCUGCUGUUGCCGUCGCCCCCAAGGUGGACUCAGCUGUUCAGCGAGGUACUGUCUUGACCAAGGUUACCAAGAAACGCAGAAAGCAGGUUCGCUUCUUCCUUGACCUAGAUGCCGCCAAGGUUUUCUGGGAUGUGUCCAACCCGCAAAAACGCUUCUAUAUCGACGAUAUCAAAGAGAUCCGGGUUGGCGCCGACGCCCGUAAUUACCGCGAAGAACACCAGAUUCCGGAAGACUUGGAACGCCGGUGGUUCACCAUUGUGAUUGCGGACUCUGACCGCUCCAAGGGCCGAGCAGUCAAGACUUUACACCUCAUCGCCCCCAAUGACCGUAUUCUUGAGCUGUGGAUCACUACACUUGAGCAUAUCUCUCGGUACAGAAUUGGUUUGAUGGCCGGCCUGGCUGGGUCUAGCCAGAGCGAGGCCGUUCUCCAGGCUCAUUGGCAACGUGAGAUGUCGAGACUCUUCCCACAAGGACCCCGUCCUAAUGAGGAAGAAACCCUUGACUUGGCUGCUGUUGAGAAGGUCUGCCGCAGCUUGCAUAUCAACUGCUCCAAGAACAUGCUCCGGGCGCAGUUCAACAAGGCCGAUGCUGCGAACAGUGGUAAGCUGAACUUCUCCCAGUUCAAGGACUUCCUUAUGCGCCUGAAGGAGCGGAAGGAUGUCAAAGAGAUCUUCAAAUCUCACACAGAAAAUUCAAAGGAGGGCAUGACUCAAGAUGAGUUCCUCCUUUUCCUGCGAGAUGUGCAAAACGAAGAUAUCGAUGCCGACCACGCGCAUUGGGCGGCGCUCUUUGACAAGACUGUUCGGCGCUCUUCCAAGUCCCGCACUCCUUCCUCGGAAGGGUCGGAACUCAUCCCUCCUGUCUCGCGUAUGAACUUGGAUUCGUUCUCUGCCUUCCUGGCGUCGUCCAGCAACGGUGUGUACGCGUCACGUGCUCCCCAGUCAAGGUUCGACCGACCAUUGAACGAGUACUUCAUCUCCAGCUCUCACAACACUUAUCUCCUCGGUCGCCAGGUGGCUGGUGCCUCGAGUACUGAGGCUUAUGUCAGUGCCCUUCAGCAGGGAUGUCGUUGUGUAGAGAUCGACUGCUGGGAUGGCGCGGAUGGACGCCCGAUUGUGUCUCACGGCCGAACCCUGACUACCAGUGUUUUGUUCGCGGAUUGUAUCACUGUCAUCAAUCGAUACGCCUUCAUCAGCUGUGAUUUCCCUCUUAUUCUUUCUCUCGAGGUGCACUGCAACCCGGAACAGCAACUGGCCAUGGUCAAAAUCAUGAAGGACACAUUCAAGGAACAGCUCGUGCUCGAGCCUUUGAUGACAAACUGCUUCAUUCUGCCAUCGCCCGAGGAGCUCAAGGGUCGCAUUCUGAUCAAAGUCAAGACCUGCGAUGAGACCGACUUCGAUCCCCGUCAAGAUACUGUCAGCUCUGUCAACACCCAUGGUCGCAAGCGCAGUGCCAGUACACCAUUCGUUCGCCCGACCCUUGGAGAUAUAUCCCCCAACACUCCUCUUCCCUCCCUCUCCAGUCCAUCAACCAUUGGACCCGUCGACAGCAUUGGUCCAUUGAUGUCCCAAGACAGACGUUCCCUUACUGCUACCAGUAUGAGCAGUGCAACCGAAGACAGCGAUGGAGCUCUUGUGUCUGUUCGCAACGAGAAAAAGAAGCGCCGUCGCCAGAAGAGCAAGAUCACCAAAACUCUCUCAGACUUGGGUGUGUACACUCGCGGGUACAAGUGGCACAGCUUCUCUUCUCCGGAAAGCAGACGCUACAACCACAUCUACUCGUUUGCCGAACGCCCCUUCGAGAGCAUCACCCAAAACCACGACAACAAGGUUGCGCUGGAAGCACACAACCGCAAAUAUCUCACCCGGGUGUAUCCGUCCGGUUUCCGACUGCGUUCCUCCAACUUUGAUCCGAACAAAUUCUGGCGCCGUGGUGUGCAAAUGGCCGCUCUGAACUGGCAGACUUACGAUAUUGGCAUGCAAAUGAACCAGGCCAUGUUCGCUGCUGGUACCGAUCGCACCGGUUACAUCCUCAAACCUGAAAGCCUUCGUCUCCCGGCUGUGGAGGAUGGAACCCAGAAGCGCAAGACCGAGCGCAAGAUGGUCCGCUUCUCGGUCGAUGUCAUCUCUGCUCAGCAGCUCCCCCGCCCUCGCACCAUUGGCCAAGACGACAAUAUCAAUCCCUAUGUCGAGAUUGAGAUGUUCAGUGCUGAUGACCGUGGUCAGAGCUUUGUCCUCGGCGAGGGUGGCAUGGAUACUUCCGCACGCAAUGGCAUGUCGGGUAUUGGUUACCCACACCGUCGGCGCACAAAGAUCGAACAGAGCAACGGAUAUAGCCCGGUAUUCAACGACAAGUUCAAGCUGUCGCUGGAAACCAAAUACCCUGAUCUCGUGUUUGUGCGAUGGACUGUCUGGAGCUCGACCGAUGGCCGCAGCGCUGGCAACAACAACAACAGCGUGCAGCUGGCCACUUUCACAGCCAAGCUCACCAGUCUCUCUCAAGGCUACCGCUACCUCCCUCUCUACGACGGCAGCGGCGACCAAUACCUCUUCUCAACUCUCUUCUGCAAGAUCUCCAAAGAGGAUCCCGUUCCCGUCCAGCGCCUGGAUCUCGAAGAGCUUCGCGCCGAACGCAUGGGCAUUUUCCGCCAGAUUGGUCAGACCGUCUUCAAGCGCUCAUCCUCUACUGAACGCGACAAGGAUCAAUAUCAGGAUCGCAGUGAUCCCGUCAGUCCGGAGGACAAGGAAAGUUCCCCGAACCUGACACCGACCAUAUCAACCACCUCGACUUCCUCAUUUAUUCAAUGA